AAGCCUUCCAACAACAAGCAUCAAUCACACUCACACCCCAUUCCCAACACCCCCCUCUCUCUCUCUCACGCAUAGACGGAAGGCAAAAAAGGCAUAUCACCCCGCACGCCAGCCAGCACGCACGCACAGAGCCGCAAGCAAUAGCAUUACGCUUAACCGUCGAGCAAGCACGCAAGUUUGGUUUCCCCCCUCCAGCCCGUCCCGACGACACGACGACGACCCACGAACCCACCCCUCCCCGCUGUGACACGCAAACCAAGACCUGCCCCCAAUGUCCUCGCCAUCAGCCGCGGCGGGCUCGCUCUACCCCAUCCACCUGCUGAUGGAUGAGCUCAAGUCGGACGAUGUGGUCCUCCGCCUCAGCUCGAUCCGCCGCUUGAGCACCAUUGCCCUCGCGCUUGGUCCCGCCCGGACACGCGACGAGCUCCUUCCUUUUCUCCAGGACCAACUAGAUGACGAGGACGAGGUCCUCCUCGUGCUCGCCGAGGAGCUCGGCUCAUUUGUAGAGUAUGUCGGCGGACAGGAGUACGCCUGGACCAUCCUCGGCCCGCUUGAGAACCUUGCGGCCGUCGAGGAGACGCUCGUCCGCGACAAGGCUGCCGAGUCGAUCUCGACCAUCUCGGGCAUCCUCACCCCUCAGGCUAUCGACGAGCACUUUGUGCCCCUGCUCCGCCGCCUGUCCAACGGCGACUGGUUCACGUCGCGCACGUCGGCCUGCGCCCUCUUUGCGACGGCUUACCCCAUCGCCCAGCCCGAGGCCCAGGAGGAGAUGCGCCGCCUCUUCGCCGCCCUCGUCGCUGACGACACGCCCAUGGUCCGCCGUGCCGCCUCGCGUGCCCUUGGUCCCUUUGCCAAGGCCGUCGCCUCGGUUCCCGGCCAGCACCAGCUGCUCGUCAACGACAUCAUCCCCCUCUACCGCCGCCUGUCGGCCGACGACCAGGACUCGGUCCGCCUCCUCACCAUCCCGGACCUCAUCGCUAUCGCGACCAACCUCUCGCCCGAGGAGACCAAGGCCCACCUUCUGGAGCCUCUCCGCCAGAGCGUCUCGGACAGGAGCUGGCGCGUGCGCUACAUGGUCGCCAACGAGUUUGUCGGCCUUGCCGAGAGCGUCGGCCAGGACAUUGUCCGCGACGACCUUGUUUCUGCCUUUGUUGGCCUUCUGAAGGACAAUGAGGCCGAGGUUCGCACGGCUGCUGCUGGUCAGGUUCCCGGCUUCUCCAAGCUGCUUGACCGUGACACCAUCCUGAACAAGAUCCUCCCCUGUGUUCGUGAUCUCUCGACCGACACGAGCCAGCACGUUCGCGCUGCACUUGCUAUGCAGAUCUCGGGCCUCGCCCCUCUGCUCGGCAAGGACGCCACGAUUGAGCACCUCCUGCCCCUCUUCCUCCACCUCCUCAAGGACGAGUUCAGCGACGUUCGCCUCAACCUCAUCUCCAAGCUUGAGCUCGUCAACAGCGUCAUUGGUAUUGAGCGUCUGUCGCAGGCCCUCCUCCCUGCCAUCAUGGAGCUUGCCGAGGACAAGCAGUGGCGUGUCCGCCAGGCCAUCAUCGAGUACAUUCCUCUGUUGGCCACGCAGCUUGGUGUGCAGUUCUUUGACGACAAGCUCGGCGCCCUGUGCAUGUCGUGGCUCGGCGACACUGUCUUCUCCAUCCGUGAGGCUGCCACCAUCAACCUCAAGAAGCUCACCGACGUCUUUGGCGUCGACUGGGCCCGCACGACCAUCAUCCCCAAGGUGCUCCAGAUGGGCGAGCACCCCAACUACCUGUACCGCAUGACGACCAUUUUCGCCAUCACCACCAUGGCUCCCUCGCUCAACACUGCCAUCAUCCGCGACACGGUUCUCGACGCUGCUCUGGGCCUUGCCUCGGACCCCAUCCCCAACAUCCGCUUCAACGUGGCCAAGUGCCUCGAGACGCUCGCCGCCGUCCUGGCCACCGACCCCGAGGGCCAGGAUGUCAUCCAGCGCCGCAUCCUGCCUGCUUUGAGAAAGCUCCAGGAGGACCCCGACGCCGACGUCAGGUAUUUCGCGACACAAGCGUACGAGCGGACGACUGGCGACGAGCAGUCCGAGCCCAUGGUCCUCUCAUAAGUACGAGUAGGCAGUAGAGUGAGGAGGGAGGAUGGGAGAGAGGGCCGACGAGGCGUCGGCGAGCAGAGAGAGCGGCAUGGCGGCCGUACGAGGCACAGGCAUUUCAACCGCAGCUUACAAACCUUUUUUUUCUGUUCCAAGCCGCUAGGCGUCGGAAUCCAAGUAGUUUACAUACCCACGACAGCUGUCGCAAGCAAGAUGUAGAAAGUGACCCGAG